UCGUGUGGCCCGCUGUCACACAAGGCAGCAGCUCUCUUUUUUUGAGCGAGCUCUCACCCGGCGCACUCUUCUUCAGCGAGACUAGCCUUGCAUAAUGAGAUCGUGACAGCAAAGUUUGGAUCAACACAAACUGCUUCGCAUUGCUUGGAAUCGAUGUGCCUGCAAUUAUCACUCAAUCACUAAACAUCCUCACGAGUCGCUCCCAUCAGACCAUUUCCCGUCUCCCUCCAGUCACCUGAUAUUUCGCCACAGGAGCUACUAUCGGGAACAUUUUAAUCCCUGUCAGUUUUUGUGCACUACUUUUUUAUCAUGGGAGUCGAAGCAAAGAAACUGAGCCGCUGGUAUUUUGGAGGAGUUGCUUCUGCGGGUGCAGCAUGCUGCACACAUCCCUUGGACUUGUUGAAGGUCCAUCUCCAAACACAACAAGAGGGCAAAUCUAGUCUGGGGCGAAUGGCAAGCAGCAUCGUGCGUCAGCAAGGAGUGUUGGCACUGUAUAAUGGUCUUUCAGCGUCACUGUGCCGGCAGUUGUCAUACUCGACCACCAGAUUUGGCAUUUAUGAGGUGUCUAAACAAGCUGUUGCCCCAUCUGGCGAGGCCAUACCAUUUUACCAGCGAGUUGCCCUGGCGGCUCUUGCGGGUGCUGCAGGGGGCUUCAUUGGCACGCCUGCUGACAUGAUCAACGUUCGUAUGCAGAAUGACAUUAAGCUUCCACCUGAAUCCAGGAGAAACUACAAACAUGCAUUUGAUGGUCUAUUACGGGUGUACCAGGAAGAAGGAAUUCGCCGGCUAUUUGCUGGCGCCACGACUGCCACCAGCAGGGCUGUCUUGAUGACUGUGGGCCAGCUCUCCUUCUACGAUCAAGUAAAAUUGACGCUGCUCGCGUCAGGAUACUUCCAGGACAAUUUGUUGACCCACUUCCUCUCCAGUCUUACUGCAGGCGCUGUCGCAACGACCAUGACUCAACCUUUAGAUGUCAUCAAAACCAGGGCAAUGAAUGCCAAACCAGGAGAGUUCAGGAACUUGUGGCAUUUGAUCACCUACACGGGUAAGCUUGGUCCACUUGGAUUCUUCAAAGGCUAUGUACCUGCAUUCGUUCGACUCGGCCCUCACACAAUCCUUACCUUUGUCUUCCUAGAACAACUGAGAAAGAAUUUUGGUACUGUACCACAAAAUUCCUCUUAAUUUUCAGACAUCUUUGUUAACAUUGAAGUUAAUUGCACAAAAUUGAUUUAGAACUUAAGAAGCACAACAUACAUCAGAUUAAAAUUAGGGCGUUUAUUAGGGAGCAUACUAAGUGCCAUAUCAAGAACGAAAGUCGAGAGGACACUUCUUGCAGAGGAGAAAAUUUUUAAAUGAACUAUUUUUUUGAUAUAAUAUUCGGCAAGAGAAGCGUAGCCUUAAAUGGAGAUGAUAAUAAUUUUUCUAAAUGUGAUCAAAGGUUAUAUUGAGGUAGAUAUCUGCAAAUUGUUGACUUAAGAUGUUUUCGUGUUUUAGAUAUAGGUGCUGUGAUAAGAUGUACACUAUUUUGAAUUUUUCUUGAAAACUUUAUGCCUCGUUGAUAUAUUCAUUUAUUUUCUGUUACUAAGACAUGUCACGUUGACAUUUUUGUUUUGAUGCUGUAAAUCAAGGAUUUCUGCAUCACCUUCAUUCCAAUUCUUAUUAUCACUUUUAAUUGUUUCACCUUUGGUCAAUAGUGCUAGAUUGAUUUAAUAAUACAGCACAAGUUUAUGAUGUUAUAUUUGGAAAGUGUUAAUGACUAACCAAUUUAUUCCUAGUUAUGGGUAACUUUAUGUGAAGAAAUGUGAUUCAAUUUAGUCAAUAAAAUGAGAUUAAUAUUGCUGAACACA